UAAGACUCAAGAUGGCGUCCAUUUCUUUUUAUGGGCUUGCCUUAAGAGCCCGACGAAAUAGAAAUGCAAGAAAAAACUCAUUCAAAUUCUAAAAAAGUAUAUUAAGAGAUUUUUUUCGAAACAGUUAUUGCUUUUCAAAAAUUUGGCUACGAACUUUCUUUCCUUUUUGUUAUAGAUCUACUAGUAAUAGUAAUAGUCAUAAGAGAUCUAAUUUAUUAAAUGAAUAAAUUAUUAUAAAUAAAUGUUAAAAUGGCUUUUAAAUUUGUCAUUGGGCAUCACCUAAAAACAUUGUUAAAUGAUGUGGAAGAAAAGCAAAAGAAAGACAUCAGUGAUUUCACUAAAGGGCACCUUAAUGAAACUCGCCUUUUACAAGCACCUCUACUUGCCAAUCGCAAAUCCUGGGCUUCUUCUCAUGUCAUUCAGCAAAAUGCUAAAUCUAAAACUAAGAACAAAUCUAGACUCACAGGUGUCACAGGUUUGCCAAAGGAAAAAACUACUUCAGAAGUAGAUGCUCUGUUAGACUUCACAGUAGGAACAUCUGGUGUCAUACCUCCUUUGUCUAAAUACAAAUUUUCUAACAAUCAGGAUGUUCGUUAUAGACUCAUCCCAGUAUUAGAUGACAAUUUAAAUGAAUCGAGGGAAAUCAGAUCUAAGUCUCCACAAUCUCUGUACUCUCAAUUGGAUGAUGGGACUUUGAUAGAAGAGCUUCCACUUCAAGAGAUUCAGAUUCCCAUCUCUCAAGCUCUUAAGCUAAAUUCGAUAAAAAGUAAAAAGACUGAAAUGUCACCAAAAGAAGAUAGUUUGUCUGACACAGAUGCAUUCAGUCACUCUGUAGUGGAAAUGUAUAACAGAGGAAUCACAAAAACUGAUCAAUACAAAAAACUGAAAGCAUUUGAAACAGUUGUGCUUAAAAAGAAGGACAUGUCUGAAAAAAAGAUUCUCUCCGGUGAGAGAGCAUCACGGCAUCAUGAGAAAAAAUUGGAAAAAGAGUUGGCAGCACUAAGCUCAGUAGAUUCCAGUCAUAAUUUACUGAAGUUACAAGUCUUUAGUUCAGUUUUUGAAGAUAUCAUCAAUGAGUCUCCAACCUUCAACAAGGUGCUACAUUCUAUUAAGGAAAAAUAUGAUAGCUACAUUGCCACAUUGCUAAACAGCCAAAGUCUUCAGGAUGACAUGUUAAGAGAUCAAAUCUUCAAUAUGACAGCUUCUGGCGUCUCACAGCCUGGAGAAAUGUUUUUUGCAUCUAAGUAUUUGACAGCAUUGGAGGAGAAGACAAGGAACUUGUUGAAGCUGAAUCAAAGAUUACAUGAAGAGGUUAAAUCUCAACAGCAUUACUUGAAUACAACACCUGAAGUACCAGCCAGAAAACCACAAUCUUUGCAAGUCAAAAGAACUCCACCAGUUGGCUACAGUAGAAAGGAAUUACCCAUUGAACUAUCAUUUGAACUAGAAAAUAUGAAGGCACUGAUUUUGGAAAAGCAGGAUGAGCUGAAUGCCUUGUAUGUUCAAACCAGAGAUGACUUUGUUCCAGUCUCUGUCUGUACCCAUCUUGAACAAUGUAUUAAAGAAACUGAGGGAGAAGUACAAAAGCUGUUAAAACAAAAUGAAUAUUUUGAAAGAAGUAUUGCGGAAAUGGAAACUGAAUUGAAAGAUGCAAUUGUUGAGGCAGACACAAGUGAAAAAGAUGCCAGGAGAAUUUGGCACAGAGUCAACUCUGUCAGAGACAUGUUUGGCUCCCAGCAAAGUAAAGAAAAGAAUGAAGAAGAUUUUGAUGAAGAAAGCAAAUGGAACUGGUACAUUUCUUAACAUGCUGAAAGCACAAGGUAAAAUAGAUGACCAGAAUUGCCUAUUCUGCUUUAUUGUAAUGUCAAUGGAAAAAUUUAAUUGUACAAAAAUGUGUAUUUUUGUAAAUAGAAAAUGUUGUUUACAACAAUGUUAAUACAUUUGUGUUUGUUUUCAAGAUACACUAGAGAUCUGUGCCAUUGAAUUAUUGAGCUUGGGCUAUUUUAUCAUGAUCUUAUUACAGUUUUUUAGCGGCCCCCGAAAGGGUAAAAGAUGUGAAAUGUCUGUUCAUCUGUCUGUCCCAUUUAGAUCUCGUAAACUAGAAAUGAUAUUGAAAAUCUGACAUCAUAAUAUUUUAGUCCAUUUAAAGUUCUGAUGCAACAGCUACUUUUUUCUUUUCAAAAAGCGAAUAAUCUAAUUUUUUAAAUCACUUAUGCAAGCAGUUUUUUUAUAAAAAUACACCAUUUUUACAACUAUUCACUAUUAAUAGUAACAAACACUUGCGGCUCUUUAGUAGCGGUGAUGGCAAUUUACCAUAUUUUUAACAAAUUUAUGCAAAUGGUUUUAGACUUUUUGUUAAAAAAAUAUUUUUUUUUACAUUUGUAUUGCUACUUAUGUUAGUUCUGUCCUACUAACUACUACAUUUACAAAAAUAAUGUUUACUUUUUUUUUAAGAGAAAAAAAUCUAUUUAGUAUGCAUAUAAGUUGGACAUAAUUUAAAACAACAAUUAAUAAGUAAUUUUCCAUAUUAUCGCAUGAACUGCAGUGCUGCUCUACAGCCAUUGAACACCUAACUAAAGCAUUUUUUUUUUUAAAGAUUUGAAUAAGGGAUUGAUUUUUUACAAAACAAUUAGAUAUUCAUUAUAAGACAUCAGUUAGGGCAGGUUCGCAUUCAAUGUCACAUUCACCUAUCCUUUAUUCUUCUGGACCGCUGGGGCACCACACAAGAUCUGUCAACCUUCUGUCUCCAUUCUUCUCUGUCAUUUGUCUUUGAAAGAAUUUAAUUCUGAUGUUCUUUCUGAAAAUUUUGAUACCUGCCUGGGUGGACCACUUCGGGGGCCGAUUUUGAGUUUGUGUUUCCACACAAACUGUCUUUGUAACCUUGUUUUUUUUCAAAGAUGAGAAAUAAGAUUUAAAAAAAAGCUUGAACAGACCAACUUUUUAAUGAAAUAAUGAAAGACGUCUCACUCCACUCUUUUUGUGUAUAUAAAGGAAAAAAAAUAUUUAAGUACUUGGUGAAACCUACCCAAUUAAUAAUCAAAACUUUAGGUGUUUUUUUUUAAUAAAUAAAUAAAUAUUUUAAUAUCAUAUUCCAGUAAAACAUUUAAAUUUAUUAUUAGUCUUGAAUAAUACACUAUUGUAUGGAAAUAGUUCAAAUCUAUUGGUCACUCCACUCAAAACUGAAUUGACAAAGAAAAUAACAAAAUAAAUGAAAUUUUGAACUUUUAAUGAAAAUAAUCUGAUAUCAAAACAUCACAGUUAUUGUCUUUAAUUCUCAUAGUUUGCAGAGUUUGUAACAAAUAUAAAUUCAUUUCACUUAAAAUGUCUAUGUUACAAGUGAAUUCAAAAUGUCAAAUUGAAACUAUUUUUCACCUUUGAUAGAGAUCUGAUGACAUUUAUUAUAUAACAAUAUUAUGAAAUAAUUAAGCAUUACUAAUUUAAAAAAAAAAUAAAAAAUUUGUAAAUAUUGUUUUGUAAGAGAUUCUAAGAAAAAAAAUAGUUUUUGUGCAAAGUGACUAAGACUUAACUUGAUGUCAAAUCAAUAGCAGAAGUGAAAACAGGAAGUGUUCAGAUCAACACCCAUUUCAUUUCUGAUUUAUAAUUUGCUGACUGAAAAUUAAUUAGAUUUCCAGAACUGGAAUUCGAGAUCACUGUCAAUUAACUAAAUAAAUCAACAAAUUAGGUGUAAUUGCAAUGAUGUGAUCACAUUUAUUCUAGUGACAAAAGCUUUUCUAUCAAUUAAAACAACUUCAAACUUUAAUUUAUCCUUAUUUAAAAAAAUAAUAUUUCUAGACAUAGAUGGAAAAAAAAGGUGUGGCAAUAGUGAGAACAUUAUCUAGAAACAAAAUAUUUUCAGUGAUUCAACCAUAAAAUGCAUAGAGUUAUGAUAAAAUAUUAUUUUAUAUUGUCUUGAAGGGUCAUCCAGUGCUUAAUUCAAUAUGACCAUUCAUUAUGCUAAGGAUAUCUUUUUUUUCUUUUCUGCACAUAAACAUUUCUUAACUUCACUUUAAAGCUUUAAUUAAUGAUUCUGAGCAGAUAAAAACCAAAAAAAAAAAUCAAGUGUUUUAUAAAUAAGGAAUAUAAAAUGCCAGUAUUAGUCUUUUGUAACAAAACAUGAUGCCACCUAACAAAAGAACUCAAGAGAAACCUGGAUUUAGUUUUUUGGUAAUAAAAGAGUUACAAUCACCAGACAAAACUGGUUCAGAAUUGGUUUCUUCUCUAGUCAACUUUACUUUAACUUAAGUGAAUUGAAUUCAAAAAAAAAAAAAAAAACAAAGAAA